GACUGAUCGAGGAAUACCAAGGCUUAGAGUAGUUGAUAGUAGUGGAGAAGGAUAGUUCUUAUGUUUGCAGAAUAGAAGCAAUUUAGGAACUUAUCAAAGAUGUCUUCAAUCUUGGAUGUUGAUGAGUCUAUCAUUGAGAAUAAUUGGUAUUACGGUUGUCUCUUCAGUCCAAAGAAAAGCAUUAACACUGAAGCAAUUUUUAGUGAGAGUCUAUGUGAUAAUGAGCAUGCUGAUGCAGAUAGGGAGUAUCAAAGCUUUCCUGGUGAUAAAAAACAUCAGCAUCCCAUUGCAAGGAAUAAACAGAUAAUGAGAGAAGAAGGUAGUAAUAGUAACAGUCCAUGUUUUGGGUCAAGAGAUUCUGACUCAGACGAAGAGGCUGAGUGUCUCGCAAGUAUGUUUAAAGCUUUGGAUGAAGAUGGUGAUGGAAGAGUUAGUUCAGAUGAGAUUGUGAGGUUUUUGGAGAGAUUAAGUUUGGAAAUGCCAAAGGAGGAGGUGGAAUUAGCUGUGAGAUCAAUGUCUGCAUGUGGUGAUGACUUUCUCACUUUAAUUGAGUUUGGUGAGUUCUAUAGAAUUGUAUUUGCAGAUAAGGAGGAGGAAAUGGAUAAUGUGAAGGUUGAGGAGAAGGUAAUUUGUGAGGCAUUUAAUGUGUUUGAUCAAAAUGGAGAUGGGUUUAUCAGUGCAAUGGAGUUGGCUGAUGUUCUCUCCAGAUUGGGUUUUGUGGAGGGGAAAGAUUUGAGUUGCUGCCAGAGCAUGAUCGAGAGUGUAGAUUAUAAUGGAGAUGGUUUUGUUGAUAUUCAUGAGUUUAGGCAUUUAAUCACCAAAACUUCUUCUGGUUCUUAUCCUUGUCUUCAAUCUGUUGCUGCAGUCUAAUGGCACUACACAUUUAAUGGCUAGCAUAAAUAUUCUUAGAUGUGAGCUGCUGUUAGAGAUUGAUUGAGAGUGUUGAUUAUAAUGGAAAUGGGUUUGUGGAUAUUCAUGAAUCAAAGCAUUUAAUCACUAGAACUUCCUCUGUUCACUAGAAUAAAUAUUUUGAAUAGUUAACAGU